AUGGAGUCGCUCAGAGAGGUGCAGUCCAAUUGGCGGGACUCUGCCAAGGCUUUUUGGAAAUCGAUGGCGGGCGAAGGGGCCCCGAAGCCCCUGGCCAAGCUUCACAGGCUGAAGGUGUUGCUUUGGUUGGCGGCCUCGUGGAUGGACCUUGUUGUUGCGACCGGUCGCGGAUGGGACCAGUUCCAGGUAGCGCAGGACCCCGCCCAGCGGGGAGACCCGCUGACUUGGCCGAGCAUCACCGUCACGAUCGAUCAGGGGUCCGACGGUUGGUCGGCGUGUUUUUUCCUUGCCUCGGAGUUCCUCAACGUGAUACCUUUCUUCGAUGUGAGCCAUCGCGUGUGGAACGACACGCGGCUGGCGAUCCAGGAUUGCGGCUGGUGGCACGUGGCGCUCCUUUUGGUCGGCCUUAUGAAUCUGGACCACGGGCCGUGGCCCACCCAGCGUUGGUUCAACGAGACGAGAGACGGUGUCAGAGACUAUUUGUACAUGAAUACACGGGCGUGCCCGAUGUUCCAAGGCCUCUUCGAGCACAUGUGGCGCGAGGCCGGGGACCCGGACAGGGUGCCCGCGGAAGCGGAUGAGGAAGAGAUGUUCCGAUCUCUCGAUUCCGUCGUGUCCAACAAGAUUGCGAAAGUUGGUGCGUCCAGGUGGUUUCAGAUGGUCACGUCUGCUUCCAUGUUCGUCAAGAUUUGGUCCAGGCGACUGUUGCUCAUAAUCUCCAUGCUGAACAUGCUUGGCGACAAGGUCAGGCCCGACCUUCUGAACGUGGAUAUUGUCCGGCGAAAGGAGGAGGACGAUAUCAACAAAACAACAACCAAGGAUGAUAAAGAAGAGGUGCGAACGAUCAGGAGGAGCUGCAAGAACACGUUGCACUUCAUGGCGUCGAUGCUCUCGCAGAGACUUCUCUAUGCCGUUGCUGUCAUCAUUAGCUCGCUUGCGAAACCAGUCCAAGAGUGGCACUCGGAGCAGAAUAAAACGAACAGGUCAGGUGAGGCUUCGAAGCGAUGGUGGGUUGGGCGAGCCAUUGACCGUGGUUUGCCACAUUUGCGGGACAUUACAGCGACGAUUAACGACGACCUCUUCGUAAAGUUGGACAUGCAUACGAGGAGGACAAUGGACGAGAAGACGCUCGAGAAAAUGACCGUCGAUGACCCGCAGGCACACUCGGACAAUCAGAUGAUGAACCUGAUUGUGAACUUCCAGCUUGCUCUCUUCCGUCGCCGCUGCCGGCCCCUCAUGCACUUCGAUGGCGCCCCGUGCCAUUUCUACGGGAUCAUCGACGAGGCUCGCGGCCCAGAGUUCGUGCAGGUGGUCGAGGGCGAAUGGAAAGAUUGGAAUGAGAUCCAGGAUGUGACGAUCUACAAGGGCCCUUUCUGGGACAAGGUCCGUCGGCGGAGCAUGAUGAAUAGGGCGCAUUCGGCGCAGGUCGCCACCGCCCUCCAGGCGGCAGGGUGGCGUCGCACGCCAGAGACUGUUCAGCUGUUAGAGCGCCAGAUCGACGGCGUCACAACCACAAAAAUCGUCGAAGACGGCGUCCGUGAACUCCGACAGGCUGAAGUCAGCGGGAAUUUCAAAGGAGAUGUAUCAGACCGGCGGAGCUGGUGGACUCUGAUCAGCACGACCAUUCAAUCCGUCAAGUUCAGUUUCGGCACAAUGAGGUGGCACAACAUCUGCAUCCCUAGGGGCUUGAGGAGCCGGAGCAUAGAGAAGAUGUUCCGCGCCAGUUUCUCGGUGCUUCCGAAACCUUGGUUGAGAAUGGUCACCUCCAGCAAAACUGCCCCCUAUUGGUCGACGGCGCCGUUGUUGAGCACGGGCCACGUGGAGGAUAAGAGGCUCAUGGGCGUGCUCCGUCCUUUAGGCCGUUUGCAAGUGGCUCCAAAUUCGUGGCACAGCGUCGUUGCACAGUCCAGCGCCCACAAGAUUCUUAUGACAAGCCGUCUCGUGGGAGAGCGUUGGUUUCUUCCCCUCGGAACCUCGUCAGGAUCAUGCGUGCUAGGGGUACCCAUGCGCAAAGUGACCACAGGCUUACACGAGUUCUGGGUGAUGGAGGAGCUCGACAGGUUCUAUUGGAUGGCGGUGGUCGAUUGGCACGAGUGGGAGGCGAUGACAGUGACCGCGCGGGCUCCUCUGCACCAUCGCCUCGCGACGGGUGAGUGGAGCGAGGACCGAGUGAUUUUCGAGAAGGUGGGGCGUGGCGGAACCCUGCUGGAAGUCGCCGCGUGGAAUGGUUGCUACAUGCUCCCCAGGGUCGCCGUCAGGAGGAUCGCCGCUGCAGUCGGGGCCCUGGGCGAUCUCAUUGCCAUGGAUUUCGGCGACCUGAUUCUGGCAGUUGCUGAGGCGGUCCUCCCAGGGCCUCUGUCUGACGACCACAAGCUGGAGAUCCUGAGGCGCCGCAGACAGGACACCCUGGGCGCGAAGUAG